AGCUGGACCUAGGAAAGCAUGAUCUCUAACAAAGGUCAUGCCUUCGCCGUACACGUCACAUUAAGACAGAGACAAUAUAAAUAGUUUUAGUUUCAACUUUCUAUCUUGUUACAACAGUUAAUUUUGCAUGUUACAAGGUGAUACUGGUCCGCUUUCUAUUCAUGGCUCUUGCAAUAUAAGUAAACAGAUGUUUUUAUAUAAAGUUAGGUAAAUAGUUAUGCAUUUAUCGGAGGAUCCUGGAAGACUCUGCUCAGGAUCAAAAGUCCCACAUUCACCUGUAGAUGAGGCUGCCCCACCCCCGCCAUCUUAGAAAUAACGAGUUUACAAUCUUACGGAUAAGAGAAAGACGUCAAGUUGAAUAUAUUUAACAACAAAUCAAACACAUGUUCACGGUUAUAAUCUCGCGUCACAGUGCCCUAAUUUUAUUUAUACAAUAUGUGUAUAUACUGAAUCGUUUUAUAGACAGGCCUCUGUAAGGACUGCCCGCUGAGCUGCGGGGUCCUGGCACUUUGUUGAGCUGAAUGACCGGUGGAAGGUUUGUUUGGUACACCAGCCACCAUUACAUCCAAAUUAGAUUUAAUCUCAAAUACUCGUAUUUCAUAUUAUUAGUUUUAGGGGUUCGGGCUCUCAACGAAACCGUUUUUUUUGUUGUUGUUCGGAGUCGGAGCCAGAGUCAGAGUGAGGUGGGCUCCCCGGCUGGUCUCCGGAUACUUCCUCCACUUAAAACAUGGAGUUGGCGUACGUGUGUGAGUGGGAGAAACGUCCAAAGAGCACUCACUGUCCUUCCAUCCCACUGGUCUGCUCCUGGUCCUGCAGGAACCUGGUGGCCUUCACCACCGACCUGAAGAGUGAUGAUGACGACGACAAAGAUGUCAGUCACAUGAUCCACAUCAUCGACACAGAGCACCCCUGGGACGUUUACUCCAUCAGCUCUGGGCACACUGAGGUCAUUUCCUGUCUGGAGUGGGAUCAAUCGGGUUCAAGACUGCUGUCGGCGGACGGCAACGGACAAAUUAAGUGUUGGUCGAUGGCGGAUCACCUGGUGAACAGCUGGGAGAGCCUCCUCUCCAGCUCCCUGGACGGAGAUCCCAUCGUGGCUCUGAGCUGGCUGCACAAUGGCGUGAAGCUGGCUCUGCACGUGGAGAUGUCCGGUUCCACAAACUUCGGCGAGAAGUUCUCCCGGGUGAAGUUCUCUCCGUCUCUGACCCUGUUUGGGGGGAAGCCGAUGGAGGGCUGGCUGGCGGUGACAGUGAGCGGUCUGGUCACCGUGUCGCUGUUGAAGCCCGGCGGCGCCCUGCUGACGGCCAGCGAGAGCCUCUGCCGGCUGAGGGGCCGCGUGGCGUUGGCCGACAUCGCCUUCACCGGAGGCGGGAACAUCGUGGUGGCGGCGACCGACGGCAGCAGCUCUUCCCCGGUCCAGUUCUACAAGGUGGUAGUGAGCGUCGUGAGCGAGAAGUGUCGCAUCGACACGGAACUGUUGCCCUCUCUGUUUCUGCGCUGCACCACCGACCCUCUGAGGAGGGAGAAGUACCCGGCUGUCACUCACCUCAAGUUCCUCACCAGAGAGAACUCUGAACAGGUCCUGCUGUGUGCGUCCAAUCAGAGCGGCAGCAUCGUGGAGUGUUGGUCUCUGAGGAAGGAGGGACUUCCUGUCAACAACAUCUUCCAGCAUCGAUCACCAGUUGUCGGGGAGAAGCAGCCGACCAUCCUGAAGUGGAGGAUCCUCACGACCACCAGCGACCUGGAGCGAGUCUCGGCCGUGGCUCUGCCCAAGCUGCCCAUCUCCAUCUCCAACACGGACCUGAAGGUGGCGUCGGACACCAAGUUCUGCCCCGGACUCGGUCUGGCUCUGGCCUUCCACGACGGCAGCAUUCAGAUCCUCCACCGCCUCUCCCUGCAGACGAUGGGGGUUUUCUACGGCUCCUCGUCCUCCUCCGGUCAGAGACCCGGAGACGAGUCCGCAAUGAAACGCCAGCGAACCGGAGGCCCCGCCCUCCACUUCAAGGCCCUGCAGUUCUCGUGGACCUCCCUGGCGCUGGCCGGAGUCGACAACCACGGGAAGCUCCACAUGAUGCGAGUGUCGCCCUCGAUGGGUCAGGUGCUGGAGAUGAACACCACGCUGCGCCACCUGCUGUUCCUGUUGGAGUACUGCAUGGUGACGGGCUACGACUGGUGGGACGUCCUGCUGCACGUGCAGCCCACCAUGGUGCACAACCUGGUGGAGAAGCUGCACGAGGAGUACAUGAGGCAGAACCAGGCACUGCAGCAGGUUUUGGCGACACGUAUCGUGGCAGUGAAGGCGUCGCUCUGUAAACUUUCCACGGCAACGGCGGCUCGAGCCUGCGACUUCCACGCCAAACUCCUGCUGAUCGCCAUCAGCUCCACCUUGAAGUCCCUGCUGAGGCCGCAUGUCCUCAACACACCGGACAAGAGUCCAGGUGACCGACUGACCGAGAUCUGUGCCAAGAACAUCGACACAGAUAUCGAUAAGGUGAUGAUCAAUCUGAAGACGGAGGAGUUUGUGUUGGACGGCGCCCCCCUUCAGUCCCUGCAGCAGCUCAUCCAAUGGGUGGGAGACUUUGUCCUCUACCUGCUGGCCAACCUGCCCAACCAGGGCUCCAUGGUCCGGCCCGGGUUCGGCUUCAUGAGGGACGGGGCGUCCCUGGCGAUGCUGAGGGAGAUGCUGGUGAUGAUCCGGAUCUGGGGUCUGCUGAAGCCGGGGUGUCUGCCCACCUUCACGGCCACGUCGGACAACCAGGACAGCAUGCAGCUGCUCUUCAGACUGCUCACCAAGCUGUGGCUCUGCUCCCGGGAGGACGGACCCCCCCAGGACCCCGAUGAGUGUCUGAUAGACGAGUGCUGCCUGCUGCCCAGUCAGCUGCUGGUUCCCAGUAUGGACUGGCUCCCAGUCAAUGACGGCGUCAUCGUCAAGCUGCAAGGUAAACAUCCUCUCAGGCUGCAGUUCGGAAAGGCCUCGUCUCUGCCCGGAGCCGGUCCCACCGCCCCCCUGGAGGUCUUCACCAGGAGUCCCAGUUCUCAGAAGAUGGAUAACCUGCGUUGUGUCCAUAUGGGCGUCUGUCCCACCGAGGAGAGCAAGGCCUGCACCAGGUGCGGCUGUGUGACGAUGCUUCGUUCUCCAAAUAAGACCAACGCUAUGAAGCAGUGGGAACAACGUUGGAUCAAGAACUGUCUGUGUGGAGGUCUGUGGAGGAGGAUUCCUGCAACGCUCUCUUGAACCCGAAUGCACCACCUAUUGUGUUCCUUUAAAACUGUGCCUGUAAAUAACGUUUUUUUUCUUUGCUUUGUAAUAAAACUGUAAAAAUCAAAA